AGCGGGUUGAAAACUUUGUUACCAACUCUACUAUUUUGGAAAAAAGAUCCGCCAGAUUCACGCGCUGCCCGGUUGGUUACUUUACUUGAGUCUGAGCAAAAAACCCUCUGACCUCUUCUCUUCAUCCGUAUACGGGUGAAUCCGUCCGCAAUCCGCAAAUCUUCUCUUCAUUCCCCUCUCUCCGAAUUGCGGUUCCUGCUCAGGUGUUACUUUCUACUGCGACUCUCCGUUGGAGGUCCGCGGCGGAUCAGAGUUUUGAAGCAGGAUAGCAACUUUCUCAAUGUUACAGCGAUGCAGCAGAGCGGUUUCUCGACUCUCGAAGCUUGGGUCGACUUCUCCUAUGGAGGCGCUGCGGAAAGAUGUAAUCUUUACGCCACGGCAUUGGUAUUCAACGGCUGCUGCAACUUUGGCGCCUGCUCCUAAUGAUUCUCCUGCUAUGAGCUCUCCCGUAAAAUCAGUGGUAAAUUUGGAUAAAAUGUUCUUGUCAAAGCCCUGUUCAUUGGCUCUGGCUCCAGAUUCCCGGCUCAGAAUUGAAGAGCCAAAAUACGAGGGACUCCGCCAUGUUAUCUAUAAGAUGCUAUUGUUUUAUAGCAAGCAAAGCACAUCUAUUCGGGGAGCAAAUGUGGUGUACCGAAGGAUCCUUCAUCAAGUAGAUAAACCUGCUAUUUAUGAAGUUUUCAAUAUGGAGAAGACCUUUAAGAUGACCUUUUCACUACUUGUACUUCACAUGUGGCUUUGCUUACGCCGUCUAAAACAAGAAGGAAAAGAAGGUGCUGAAUUUGGGCAAUACCUUUAUGAGAGAUACAAUCACGAUGUGGAGCUUAGAGUAUCCAAAGAAGGGGUAAUUUGGUUAAAUGCAUUUUACAAGAUAUUUUAUAGUGUCGCAUCUUUCUGCUUCUGUUUGCUUACUUCGCAAUGGCAGGUUAACUUGUUACUGACAAAAUGGAUGAAAGAGUUGGAGAAAAUUUUUUAUGGAAAUAUUGUUGCUUAUGAUGCUGCCUUACUGCCGGAGGCUAAACCAGAUGAGCUGCCGAAAGUCAUAUGGAGGAAUGUGUUUGCAGACGAUGGUGAAUCACAGCCAGAUGAUGCUGCAUCGCGCACCGCAUUGACAAGGUAUGUCCGUCGAGAAGUCAGUUGUUUUACAUUAACAGACAAAGAAGCCAUGUAUUCAGGGAACUUCAUGUUCACGUCCUUGGACAACAUUCCAUCGGUUUCUGCCAAGAGAUAGAAUAAAGUAGAUGGUGUGAAGAUCUUUGAACUCCAUAGCAGGCCGCUCUUGUACGAAAGCAGCUUUCAUUGCUCGAAACAGUCCUCUUCUUGCUACAUGGAUUUUAUACCUACAAUAGAAUGUUACAUUACUUGCAUACUAUUCAUCAGCCAAAGAUGACUGGAAAGAGGCCAAGAAGGAAGCUCAAAACUUGAGGAACCCGAGAACAAUAAUCAGAUCUCAUGAUACACUGUUUGUAGUGCUAUAGUUUUAGUCGUCUCAUGAGAAGUUUGUUGUUACACAAAAGCAUCAAUUGCCUAUUUUUUCUAUGUCAUAUCUUGGACGGCCACCUGCCCGGUCCAACCGCUGCGAACCAAUAUAGGGGCA